UCGGACAUAUACACAUAGAUUCUCAAUUGGUCCACUGCUGAAGACAAGCGGAGAAAACACAAUGCGGCAAAUGUUUAUAGUCUGCCUAUUAAUGGCAAUAUUGCAUGCAGAUGCACUGCCCACAACAAGACAAGAACGGGUUCUCCAGAUGAAUGUCAACCCUAUAGAGACACAACAAGCAGACAAUACUCUUCGUUUCACUGGUAACGAAAAAGAUGCGACUCUGAAAUACGUCUCAACGAAGACAGCACAAGUUUCUGAUGAUGACGUCAAAGUUGGACAAGUUUCUGAUGAUGAUGACGUAAGAGUUGGCCAAGUUUAUGAUGAUGACGUCAAAGUUGGACAAGUUUCUGAUGAUGAUGACGUAAGAGUUGGCCAAGUUUAUGAUGAAGAUGUCAAAGUUGGACAGGUUUCUGAUGACGAUGACGUAAGAGUUGGCCAAGUUUCUGAUGAUGACGUCAAAGUUGGACAAGUUUAUGAUGAUGAUGACGUAAGAGUUGGCCAAGUUUAUGAUGACGAUGUCAAAGUUGGUCAAGUUUCUGAUGACGAUGAUGUAAGAGUUGCCCAAGUUUAUGAUGAUGACGUCAAAGUUGGACAAGUUUCUGAUGAUGAUGAUGUAAGAGUUGGCCACGUUUAUGAUGAUGACGUCAAAGUUGGACAAGUUUCUGAUGAUGAUGACGUAAAAGUUGGCCAAGUUUAUGGUGAUGAUGUCAAAGUUGCACAAGUUUCUGAUGACGAUGACAUAAAAGUUGGGCAAGUUUCUGAUGAUGAUGACGUAAGAGUUGGCCAAGUUUAUGAUGAUGACGUCAAAGUUGGCCAAGUUUAUGAUGAUGAUGAUGUAAGAGUUGGCCACGUUUAUGAUGAUGACGUCAAAGUUGGACAAGUUUCUGAUGAUGAUGACGUAAAAGUUGGCCAAGUUUAUGGUGAUGAUGUCAAAGUUGCACAAGUUUCUGAUGACGAUGACAUAAAAGUUGGGCAAGUUUCUGACGAUGAUGACGUAAGAGUUGGCCAAGUUUAUGAUGAUGACGUCAAAGUUGGCCAAGUUUCUGAUGAUGAUGACGUAAGAGUUGCCCAAGUUUAUGAUGAUGACGUCAAAGUUGGCCAAGUUUCUGAUGAUGAUGACGUAAGAGUUGGCCAAGUUUAUGAUGACGAUGAUGCCAUAAAAACAGGACAUGUGGGUGAUUAUCCAGAUGCACAAGUCAUAAUUCCAUCCAGAUCUGGUUUCGUUGGUGAUCACAGUGCUGUCGCCUCAGUCAGUGAUGACGAAUAUGAUGACAGUGUUCUGGCUGCCCGUGUACAAGAUUUUACCAAGACUGCCUAUGUGACUGAUGAAGAGCAGAAAGUUGGAACCGUUUCAGAUGAUGAUGACGUAAGAACUGCUAUAGUUAGUGAUGAGCAAGUCAAGGUUGGCACAGUUGAAGAUGAUAUGGUUGGCACAGUUGAAGAUGACCCAAUAGUAGGCACAGUUGAAGAUGAUAUGGUUGGCACAGUUGAAGAUGACCCAAUAGUAGGCACAGUUGAAGAUGAUAUGGUUGGCACAGUCGAAGAUGACCCAGUAGUAGGCACAGUUGAAGAUGAUAUGGUUGGCACAGUUGAAGAUGACCCAAUAGUAGGCACAGUAGAAGAUGAUAUGGUUGGCACAGUUGAAGAUGACCCAGUAGUAGGCACAGUUGAAGAUGAUAUGGUUGGCACAGUUGAAGAUGACCCAGUCGUAGGCACAGUUGAAGAUGACCCAGUAGUAGGCACAGUUGAAGAUGACCCAAUAGUAGGCACAGUUGAAGAUGAUAUGGUUGGCAUUGUUGAAGAUGAUGAAGAUGAACCCGAAGAAAAAUCACGAUUUUCAAGCUUUUUGAAAUCAUUUGUGCACGCUGUGAUUGGCGGAGAUGACAAGAAGUAAUCUGCCACUCAAAGACAGAUGAAUGCAUAAUCAUCUGUACCAAAAAAAAAUAUAAAAUUACAUGCAGUUGGGACUUUUUUCAAAAUCGUUAUGAAUUUAUUUUUCUACCUUGCUAUAAGACCUACUCAUUACUUUAUCUCAAUCUUAUUUACACACUGGUGUUUCCAGGCUUCAUAUUAGUUCAGUGGUCACCCCUAAUCCUUCGAGCGCCAUUGUCUAUCUUUUGCACCAUCUGCAAAAUUGUUGUACCUCUCCGCGUGAAAUAUUGACAAAAAUUUACAAACCUUUUGAACAAAAACUAAAAGCAAUAUCUGAACUUUUCUGUAUGGUAAAAAAAAUCAAAAAAAUGUGAAAAUAUUUGCACUGAAUUUUUUUUGGGGGGAGGGAUAUCUGGCUCUCAAAAAGUUAAUAGCGCAUUUACACGGAAACACAGCACAGGUAAUUGUACACCAUCUACUCAUGACUUCCGUAGCCAUGGCAACAGUUACAAGGUUAUUCUUCUCUACAUCAAAGAUGAUCUCAGCUAAAUGCCGAUCAAUACUUCAUACCGUGUUCCUUUAUAGUGUGAAAAAAGUUCCAACUCCACAUAGCGCCCUCUAUCGCAUACCAUUCUAAGGAUAGUUCCAACAUGGCCGAUUCUGAUCUUUCUAUAAGCUCGGCAAUGUGUCAAGGUCAACUUUCGUGACCUUUGUCACUGAAGUAUUGAGUAUAUUUCACCCGUGUUGCAUUACACUAGGUGAUCAACCAAUCAAGGCUUCUUCUCAGAAUGGAAUUUACACUAAUUUAUUCAUAAUUGGGUGUUCGUGGUUUCUGUACUUCAAUCUUUGCUCGUAGACAAUAAAAAAAAUUCUUGGGAA